UUCAGAUAUUUUCCUUUUAAUUAAAAAUAUUACAAAAUUGUUACAAUUUAUUGUUUACAUUCUGUGCGGAAUUCAAUGUAGCAUGAAAUAUUUUUGUUUUUAUCUAGUAUGCAGUUGAGAAAUGGAAACAGAUGGUGCAAAAUUUAAUGGUAUGUAUGUACUGUGCUGUUUGUUUUGUAUCUUGAGUUUUAGUGAAAAUAAUCUUACUGGUAAUAUAAUAUUUUGCAGGCAGAACAUUAGUCGAGCUGUGUCUCAACUAUCAGUUACUAUAACUAGUAGUCACAGCUUUAUGUCCAAAUGGGCUUAUUCGUGAAUAAUUCGUUCAAAACUGGACAUUUAGAUGCUAUUUGUCUGAUGAAAGUGUUUUCCUUGUUCUUUACCUGAAAAAAUACCGUAAAUACCAUAAUUAAAUAUAAAUAUAGUAAAAGGAGUUGUUCUCAGACCAGUAGUCACAGCUUUAUUUCCAAAUGGGCUUAUUCGUCAAUAAUUCGUCCAACACUGGAUCCCAACAUUCAGAUGCUAUUGGCUGACGAAAGUGUCUUCUUCGUCUUUACCUUUACCACCGUAAAUAUGGGCCCAGCACGCUUCCACUUCCAUAAUAAAAGGAGUCGUUCUCUGACCAAAAAUAAUUUUAUUUUGACGAGCUUUUGGCCACUAGACUGUGGUCUUCUACAGGUUAAAUAAAUUAUUAUUUUUGGUCAGAGAACGACUCCUUUUAUUUUGCCUUUACCUGACCCAGUGACCAUGCUUCAUCAAAAUUUACCGUAAUUAUAUCAGCUAGUUAAUGAUUUUAAGUAAUUCCUUUUCAAAAAUGUAAAUGAAUGACAUUACCUUCACUGAGUUGUCUGACAUGAUGUUAUUAUAAAAUUGGUAUUGGGUGGAUUGUUGCAUAAUGUAUAAUAAUCAGUAAUUUCCGAUUGUGGCUUAAAAAAUAAUCAGUCAAUCACGAACCUUUAUUUAUGUUAAAACAGGGAAAGAAAGAAGCUCCAGUUGUGGAGAAAGAUAUGUUUUAAAAGAGGGUUGGUGUACCAAAGAAAGUGGAACGACAUUAUUUGGAGCUUCAAAUUGGAGACAACGGUGGUUCGCAUUGAUUAGAGAUGAUUCUACAUUAACAUUGGCUUACUACAAGUUAGUGUUUAUUUAACAUGCACAUGCAAUUUCCAUCUUUUUUCUUGUUUAUUACGUUCAUUACACACACAAAAAUCUCAUAUCUUGUAGCAUGUCUGCUAAAGAGCCGUCAACAAGUUGUGUUUGCACUGCUUGUCCCAAGUUGUCAGCAAAUUUGGAAUAGGCUGUUAAAAACUUGUAACAACCUUGUUGAUAUUAUCAGAUUUGUCGCAAAGGUUGCUACAACAAGUCUGAUACGGUCAUGACAUAACAGUACUGUUACAACCUUGUGUGUCAUCAACCUUGUUAUAUCAUGACUGUAUCAGACUUGUUAGGACAAUCUUGUAACAAGUCUGAUAAUACUAUCAAGCUUAUUACAAGUUGUUAACAGCUUGUUCCAAACUUGUUACAACAACUGGGAUCAAGCAGUGCAAACACAAUGUUUUGCAGACUUAAUUGUAACAAGUUUUGCGUUUCUAUGUGUGUAAUUUUGAAAUGCCAGAACUCCCUUUUCAAGUGCCAAAACUCUGUUUUCAAAUGCCAAAACUCUGUGUUCAAAUGCCAGGACUCCUUUUUUAAAAGCCAGAACUCCCUUUUCAAAUGCUAAAACUCAGUUUUCAAAUGCCAGAACUUCGUUUUCAAAAGCCAAAACUCAGUCCCCAAAUGCCAGAACCCCUUUUUCAAAAGCCAGAACUCCCUUUUCAAAUGCCAAAACUCAGUUUUCAAAUGCCAAAACUCUGUUUUCAAAUGCCAAAACUCAGUUUUCAAAUGCCAGAACUCUAUUUUCAAAUGCCAAAACUCAGUUUUCAAAUGCUAAAACUCUGUCUGCAAAUGCCAGAACUCUCUUUUCGAAUGCCAAAACUCAAUUUUCAAAUCAGCCAGAACUAUGUUUCCAAAAGCCAGAACUCCAUUUUCAAAUACCAAAACAUUGUUUUCAAAUGCUAGAACUCUCUUAAGUUGCAUUAAGCGAACAAUCUAAUUGUUUUAGUAGAAUCAGAGAUGAAACGUAAACUAUUCCUCAGAAAAACGCAAGUCCAAAUGAUUAUUUUGCUACUCCUUAUCUAUCGAGGAAUUAUAGAUUGGGAGUAGAGUAGCCAAUCAAAUUACAGCACUUGCAAUAUAUACUAGUAUGAUUCUACUAUCGUAAUAUAAUUACUAGUGCAAUUUUGUUUCUUGAUAGACAAAUUAAUGAUUCCCAACCUAAAGGAAAAGUUUGUCUUGAUUCCACAUGUAAGUACAAGCUAUUAUUAUUAUUAUUAUUAUACAUCUUUAUUAAAAAUUGAAGUUGCAACAAACGUGCAUCUUUACAGUGCAUAUAAGAUAUAUAUAAAUAUAUAUACAGGGUGCAUAUAUAUGUAGAACAUAUUUUUAUGGUGAAUUGUUAAAAGUAGAGAUGGCUGAUGAGGUGAUUGAUUAGGAAAUAGUCUGCAAAACGGAAUGCAGUCAGGACGCCUUCCGAGUGUUGUUUUAAUUAAUUUAAAUUUGUUAAAUUAAUAAAUUUCAAUGAAAAAUUGGUGGAAAAUUGUCAUGACUUAGUAACAUUCAACGACAAACUGGCCUUGCCUUUAUUUUUAUCAAAUUCAAGGCCAUCAGACUGUGUUGCAAUCUAAAUGUUCGUAUAUUUAUAAAGCUCUAUGUGACUGUUUCCCAUAAGUAAUAUUCUGAAAUUACUAUUUUACACUCAGGGAUGUCGCAAAGACAUCAACAUUGGGGGGGUGUCGUCAUGUUUUUCGUUAUCAACAUUGGGGGGUGUCGCCAACUUUUCCUACGAUUUUGACCAAGUCGUGAAAAUUUUUCCCAGAAAUGUUGUCGACGGGGAGGGGGGGGGGGGCUUUAAAAUUGUUAAAAGUGUGAACCAUUUCAUUAAUUUUAACAUCUUCAACCAUCUCAAAUUUUUCCGAGUUUUACCUUCAAUUUUAAGCAAAUAUCAGUUCCAUUUUGACCAACUUUGGGCACAUAUCAGUUCCAUUUUGACCAACUUUGACCAACGUUUAAAUUAUUAGCGAUGUCCCUGUUCACACUGCUAAAAGGUGAUAUUUUGGUUAGACAUUUUUCAUUUCUCUCCAAGUGAUUCCAUGAUGCAGGAAAUUGGACCCCCUUGGACCCCCUAGAAUUGUGACUCACAAAUUAUUAAUAAGUUGACAUAACCAUCCUGCUCUAUGUCGCAAGGUUAUUCCACUUUGUCCUAUUAAUGAAUCCAUAUAACUAAUUUGAACUACAACACAGAUACCGCAAGAGAAUUGGAGACUGAUGAAGAAAAAAUGAAAUCAAAUUGUUUUGCUGUUGGUCCAUUGUUCAAUGAUCCCUCCAUCAGAACUUAUUACAUUAGCUGUGGUAAGAAAAACGUCGUAAUUUAUUGUAUCCUUUAGAUAAGAAUGCCCCCCCCCCCCCUUAGGCAUUAAUGCUUGAGCUUGAGAUACUUGGGGGUUGAGAUUUUCAGAAAAGAUGUCCACGAGUGUGAAACUAAGAAGUAUUAAUGACAUUUUUGUGCAUGGCAGAUCCCAACAUAUCAGACGUCCAUUAUUCAUUGCCAUUUAUAGAUGCUACUGGUUGCCUACUGUAGCUGUAACUGCAUGUAGUUCUUAACACAUUGAACUGAGAAAACCUACUUUUGUAUGUAUAUUUAUUUUAGAAAGCGAGGAAGAGAAGUUGGAUUGGAUGAGUUCCAUUAAUGCCAGUAUUGAAGGCUCUCCAGCACAAGUUCAAAAACAUGCGAAAAGUUUUAGGAAAAGAUACAACCGCAUUGUAUGUAGAUUUCGUAUAAAGAUAUCAGUAAAUGGUUUUUUUUUUGUCAAGAACAUACUGUUCAUACAGUACAUUAUAUGCAUACCUAAGCUCCUGGUUCUGGUUUGGAGCUAGGCUCAGAUAUAUAGCGUGCUAUUCUAUAAGACAUAUAUAACUCUUAUUAAAGUUUGUAUGUAAAGAUUAAUAAAGCCUUUCUGAUCAUUGCAUGGUCGAGAUCGGUAGUAUGACAGUUUGUCAACAUUUAUAUGAACGUUAAUAGAAACACCAUGCAUUGGAUAAGUUGAUUUUCUAUAAAUUGUGUCAAUGAUUUUGUUUUAGUCCAGUCGGAAAGUCCGGCCCUUGUCGUCAUCGGAGUCAUGUAACUUUGCAGAUCCUGGUUGGAGAAUUCAGGUAAAUAUAGACAGUGUACAUGAAUUUAGAGUAGAGAUGGUUACCAGAUAAUCGAAAUUGGUCUACGUUUGUCUAGGUUUGUCGUCAUGUCUGUGUUUUAUUUUCGGCAAACCAACCAAUGUUCAUGAUAUGUAUUGCUACACACAUGGUUCCCAAUAGACCUUUCCGGUAAUUACGUCACAACUACACUGUUUUCAACUUGGAAUAGAUUUCAAGUUUGUUUCUCACAGGCUAUGGUCAGAGAAGCAGAACAUCCUUCUUCAACACAUGCAUAAAAAAUAAUUUUUGAUUUUGACCAAUAAAUGUGGAAAUAAGCUUAAACACUAAAACGAGGCAUGGCCCCUCUUGGCCUCCCAGUCUCGUUUUCGUGUUUAAAUUUAUUUCCACAUUUAUUGGUCAAAAUCUAAAAUUCUUUUUUAUGCAUGUGUUUGAAGAAGGUUGUUUUGCUUCUCUGACCAUACUGUCGGUGAGAAACAAACUUAAAAUUGAAACCGGUACCCAUGAGCGAUUUUCGCCGUUUAUAGCGUAGACAAUCACCGAUUAUUUCUUGGAAUUGCAAAUCAAAAUAUUUCCUCAUUGCUGCAGAAAUGUCAACGGAAAGGUUUUCUGCUUUUCUAACAUAAAUAUUACAGAAUAGUCUUUUUUUGCAUAUCUUCUCUCUCGCAGCAAUGGCGAAAUCUCUGCGAAAGAGCAACAGAAAGCUCCUGGAAGAAGAGUGAUACCAAAAAUGGAAUUACUGUUGCAAGACAAACAUUCAAAGACAAUUCAUUCGCAAUAAUAAAGGUGCGCAAUAUACUGUAAUUUCUACACAGAAUGAAACAAAUUUCGAAGGAAUUACUUAUAAAUAUUACAAGAAGAUAGGGAUGCAACUACCUGAAAAAUACAAAGACCCUUCUUCCGGACGUUUGUAGCCAAAGUUAUCCUUGUAUUUUUCGUAUUAUCUUAUUAUCUCGAAACUUUCUAAUUACAUGGAGCGUUAGAAACAUUACAGUACAGUACUUUUAUUCUUUUCAGACUGAAGGAGUUGUGCCUGUUUCACCAGAGGUCACUUUAGAGUAUUUGCAAAAAGCUAUUGAACUUGGUGGAAAG